AUAAAAUAUUACCACCUAGCACAUGUUAGGUAACUAGAUUUAGAUCCAUUUUUUCUUCAUUUUUCUUCUUCUCUGUCUCAUAAAGUUAAGGCUAUAAAUCUUCCCUAACGGUCCUCCAAAGAAGUGACACUACUGUACUCUACUGUCAGAACAUCGAAUUCCCCUGUGCAGAAACUCAUCAGGCUUGAAAAUGGGGGGGAUAAGUUGUUUCACUAUCAUAAUCCUUGGUGUUUUAGGAUUUGUAGGGUCAGCAGCUGCUCAAUUGGAGUUGGGUUUUUAUUCUAAGAGCUGCCCGAAAGCUGAGAAGAUUGUUCAAGACUUUGUUCACCAGCACAUCCAUAAUGCUCCUUCAUUGGCUGCUGCCCUCAUCAGAAUGCACUUCCAUGACUGCUUUGUCAGGGGUUGUGAUGGAUCUGUGCUUGUGAACUCAACAUCGAACAACCAAGCAGAAAAGGCUGCUACACCAAAUCUAACACUCAGAGGUUUUGACUUCAUUGACAGAGUUAAGAGCCUUCUUGAGGCCGAAUGCCCAGGAAUAGUCUCUUGUGCAGAUACUCUUGCUUUGGUUGCAAGAGAUUCCAUUGUUGCAACAGGAGGUCCAUUUUGGAAAGUUCCAACUGGUCGAAGAGAUGGGACAAUCUCCAAUUCCUCAGAAGCCUUGAAUGACAUCCCACCUCCAACCAGCAACUUCACCACUCUCCAAACACUAUUUGCCAACAAUGGUCUUGAUUUGACAGAUUUGGUUUUACUCUCUGGUGCACACACCAUUGGUGUAGCUCAUUGUACUUCCUUUUCAACCAGACUGUAUAAUUUCACUGGUGUCGGUGAUGAGGACCCAGCUCUUGACAGUGAAUAUGCAGCAAAUCUCAAGGCAAGAAAGUGCAAAACUCCAACUGAUAAUACAACCCAUGUUGAAAUGGACCCAGGAAGCCACAGGACAUUUGACCUCAGCUAUUACUCUCUUUUGCUAAAGAGACGGGGUCUGUUCCAAUCAGAUGCUGCCUUGACUACCAACCCGACAACAAAGUCUUUCAUCACCCAACUGCUCCAAGGACCACUUCAAAAUUUCCUUGCUCAAUUUGCAACGUCUAUGGAGAAAAUGGGUCGGGUCAAUGUUAAGACUGGAUCAACGGGUGAAAUUAGAAAGCACUGUGCAGUGGUGAAUAGUUGAUUGUUUUUUUCUUGCUGUUUUUUGGUGGGUUAAAUUUCUUGGUUAUGUAUCAUCUAUCCUAGCUAGCAUCAAAUUCGGCGUGGUUUUAAUUUAUGUGUUGUGUGAAUAAAUGGGCUUCGUUCUAGGCCCUUUCUUCAGCUGUUUCUUGCAAUGAAACCAAAUUAAUUUAGAGAAAAAUGGUUAUCUGUGAAAUCUCGAAUUGUCCAUCUUGUGUGUUAUUUCUUUCUUUUAUAUGUAUACUU